CCUCUACCUCUCUCUCUUAUUUAGGGAGAAACUAGCAAAGCGUCAACAAGCCCCUUUCAAUUAAUAUUUACUAUUUUUGACCCGUUUGGGGGGCUGUUUUUGGCGUCCCCCCAAAACAGUCAUGUCAGUUAUCUAACAGUGUUCCUAAAUUAAGCCAAAACUCGACGAAAUCGUGAGAUGCGAUUUUCCUAACGUAAUUUAAAAAAUCGUUUUUGCGAUGGACAGUGGAAGUGUGAUUUCUCUAUCCAGUACUUCUUCCAAGGGCUCCGGCCACACAAGCAGCGCCGAAUUGGCAAGCGUCUUAACAGUAAGUUCGGAAGUCCAGCGAGUUCCUGUGAGUUGGGGAAGUGGUAAAGUGGCACCUCAGAAGAAAGUUUUGGACAUCGGGGGCACACUCACCCAGGCUGAGAAGGUCACCAACUGGAUGCAAUCGUGUAAUUAUGACGAUCACAAAUGUGAUUCCCCGGAGAUUGAUAAUGAAAACAACAAGAGUACGUGCAUUCGGUAUGAUUUUGACAAGAAGCCAACAGUUACUGCGCUGCCGAAGUCGUGCUUCACGAGAGCCACGCCGCUGUUUUCUUACAUGGAAGAAGCGAAAAAGAGUGUGAGUUUGAACAAUGGGGACACGCACAGGGCGAACGGGAGCAGGGUGAGACGAAAUAGCGAAAAUACGCCUUUAAGUCCGGAAAGCCAAAAGAAAGAACUUUGCAAUUAUUUACAAUUAAUGAAACCUGAUGAUCAGCAGAGUACUUUUUUUAUCGAGUAUCGACGGUCUGGUAGGGUUAGAGUGCAACAGAACGAGUCUAAGAUGGCGAAAAGAAAAGAUAAACAAGAAACUAGUGUUGAAGAAAUUGACGUUGACAGGCCGACGAUUUCCAGUGAACAAGAACUAAGAAUUAGUAGAAUCAUGAAAAUGAAGAACAUUUUAAAAAGAAAGCUCAACUUUCAGGAGAAAGUAAACUUGUUACCGUUGCCGCCGAAAAAAAUCUACGCCGAUGUGGUUGACUUUGAAGACUGUAUUAAGGACAUUGUGGAAGAAGAGUUAAAGAACAGAAGCGUCGUGGAGGAAGAAUUGGGGAAGAAACCGAUCAAUGGAUACGUACGAAAGGUGAAAAAACGUCGCAAGUUUAAAUUUCCCCCAAAGUUGCGUCCAAGCUUUAGGAAGGGUUUCUUCAACAAUAAACCCUUUAAUUUGAGGAGCAAGGUACGUCUUACGCACGUUUCUCUAGACAGUCUUAUCUUGAGAAAAAGCCAAUUACGGAAAAAGGCUCGGAAAAAAAUAUUAAAAGAAAUGAAAGAAAAAAAGUCGCUGGAAAAAGCGUCGUUGGAAAAAGCGGAAACUGCCGGUUGCGAAAUAAUAUCAGUCCACACCAACUCGGAUGACGAAAACGUCGAUUUGAAGAAUUUCGUCGACGAUAUGCUAGAGCUGGAUAAAAUGAGCGAAGAACACAGAAAAAGCGUAAUCGAGAGUCGAAUACUAGCGUCGAGCUCAAUCACGAAUUUAAUCAACAAAAGGAUGACGCAUGAAGCUGACGUACAAAGAGCGUAUAAAAUUUUCUCUGACUUGUCGAAUGAGAGGAAGCUUUCAGAGGAAAAAGAAAACAAUACUCAGCCAUUGCAGGAGUGCGUGGACGUGAAUAUAAAUCAGACUGAAAACAAUAACACAAAAAGUUUAAAUCAGAAUGAAAAAAAUUCUGAUAAUCUAGUCAUGGAUUUAAUUAUUUCUGAGCAUGAUUACACCACGUUUAGACCAGCGGAAGACGAAAAUUCGGACUGUCUGGACGACAGUAACGACCAAUCAGUCAGAAAUUUAAGUCCAGUUCCCAUCCCAGAUCUCGAAGUUCUUCCAGUCAGUAAAGAAGUCGAAACGAAGUCGUUACAUCGUAGCCUAACAAUCACCAACCGCCGUAAAUUCCACACAAACUACGGCCUGCACAAUUGGAACUCAAACUGUAGCAGAAAAUUAAACCACGCAAUCACUAUAUCAAAGAAAAACGGCUCCGUUCUUCGAGCGUUCUACCAAGACUACAAUCUCAUAAUAGUACAACAGAAUUUAAUUUCAUUUUGGACACAGAGUGCCUUAGGUAACGUGUUAGGAGCUCAGAAUAUGUGGAUCCCGAAAGGAGAGAUCCAACGUAUCACUCUGAAUAGCACGUACACUCAGAAAAAUGCAGCAGAGAUGGUUAUUACGACGGAAACGAGUGUGGCGUUCGUGGAGCUGUGGACCAAAGAGCACAAAUCCGACGUCCGACAAGUUCCUCUUGCCGACGUCUUUGCGACGGUGUAUUUCUGGCGUCUGCGGCAAACCGGCCUCGAGAAGAAAGCUCUCCAAUUGGAGAACAUCCAAGGAUUUGCAGAUGAUGUUCAGUAUUGUGUGUUAAAAUGGUAUUCGAAGAUAAUUGUGAGUUGGCACUCAGUGCAGGGAAACGAGAAGAAGACGAAGAUUCACUCGUAUCAUCUUGCCGCGGAUUUUCAGACGGUGGCGAAUAUCAGCGAGAUACAGCCGGUUGAACAUUAUGUUUCGUCGCUGCAUAAUAUUGAAGAUUGUGAUAGUCUGGUGAUGGGUUGUGGAGAGAAUAAAGUAACUUUGUGGAAUGUGGAGUAUGGGUACAUUGUGGCUACUAUUGAGAUGUCGAAUAUUAAGUCGCCGUUGUCGACGCUGUGGGUCAACUGUGACAGGGGGUUCCUAUUCACGAUCCAAGAGUGCGUUGACCAGGAACUAAGGCUUAUCGCAAUAAACGGUAUGAACCACUCAUGGAAGAAGCUCCAGAACUAUAACCCCAUAUCAGGAUUCAGUUGCUUGAAAGGCGUGUGUAUGGAAAACGGGAUUCUAGUAGCGUAUUACUCUGAAGGAAUUCUUUGUUGGAAUGCACAAACUGGAGAAUUAAUAGUUGAAGAAGUACCGAACGAAUGUGAAUAUAUUCCUUCUGGGAAACAUGUGAUAAUGAUAGUUAAUGAUAAUAUUAUCGUUAGGCAUUCGUUAAGUCAUUUAAUAACUGAUUUGUAGUUAUUCAGUUCUAUUACGUUGUGUUGUUUUGUUGACUGAUUUUUUUUAUGUAAAAGUUUUUUCUUCGUGUAAAUAGUGUUCAGUUGCCAUUUUUAUUAAUUAUAUAAUUCUAUGUAUUAUAACAAAUUUGCUAUUUUGAAUAACAGAUUUGUCUCUCAAAUAAAAUAUUUUCUAUAGAA